CAGAAAAUGAGAAAGUGGGCACAUCCUCCCCUCACUUGGGCUUGGAACUUGGAGAGCUCAACACCCUCGUGACAAUGUCUUCACAGCCAUUGUUGAGGGAGGAUAUAGGCACAUUGAUACAGCUGCAGAGUAUGGAGUCCAACGGGAGGUAGGAAAUGGAAUCAAAGCAGCCAUACACGCCGGAGUUGAGAGGGGAAAACUCUUCAUUACAUCCAAAUUGUGGUGUACCGAGUUAUCGCCUGAAAGAGUUCACCCUGCACUUAUGAGCACACUUGGGGAGCUGCAACUCGACUAUCUUGACCUUUAUCUGGUAAUUCAUAUACUACAACAACAACAACAACAUCCAAGCCUUAGUCCCAAAAGAUAUUGGGGGUUAUCUGGUAAUUCAUAUAUUCGAACAAAUUUGUACUAUGGUAUUUUUAUGUGUUUCUAAUGAUGGAAAAUGUGGUUUGGCUGGAUAUAUUCACUGGCCAUUCCGCCUGAAGGAGGGAGCAAGCAGGCCUCCAAAAGCUGGUGAAGUUUCUAAGUUUGACAUGGAAGGAGUUUGGAGAGAAAUGGAGAAGCUAGUGACAGAAACUAGUGAGAGAUAUUGGGGUUUGCAACUUCAGUGUCAAGAAGCUCCAUAAGCUACUAAAUAUUGCCAAGAUAAGGCCUAGUGUUUGCCAGAUGGAGAUGCACCCUGGAUGGAGGAAUGACAAAAUGCUGGCCGCUUGCAAGCAGAACAACAUACAUGUGAUGGCAUAUUCACCUCUAGGCUCAUAUGAAAGGGAUCUUGUGCAUGACCCUGUUGUGGACAAGGUGGCAAAGAAACUGAACAAGAGCCCUGGCCAAGUUCUUGUCAAAUGGGCUAUUCAAAGAGGAACCAGUACCAUUCCCAAAUCAAAUCAUGCUGAUAGGAUCAAAGAGAACAUAAGUGUUUUCGAAUGGGAAUUACCUAAGGAAGAUUUUGAAGCUCUUUCUAGCAUCAGUGACCAGAGACGGAUUCUGGAUGGGGAAGAUCUAUUUGUGAACAAGACAGAUGGUCCUUUUAAGAGUGCUGCAGAUUUAUGGGAUCAUGAAGAUUAACUUUGUUAC